AUGUCAUCCACCGAUAUUCCCUGAAAGAGUGCCAAAGAAGAGGCCAUCCCAAGCGUGGAACGAGCCUGGGUUCUGAUUCCCUGAGAUUAUAAACCACAAUCCAGUGUGACAAUCGUUGCUUUGUGAGAAGUUUUCUCUUGUGCAGUGAGGCCCAUGACACAAAUAACUAGUUCGACUUACCAAAGUCAUUUGUCUUCUCCACGUAAAUGCGCAUGACUUGGAAGAUUGUUCAGUUUGUAACUUGUAUCCCUUGUGACACAGAAAAAAUAUAGUGAAAAAAAUAUAAGAUUAGCAACAAUAUGAGUGAAUAAUAUAGUGUAUUAUAAUUUUAAUUCCUCAUAAAAACAACAACAACCCCAAAGCAGUAUUUCGAUCCAUCAUGCGCUCUGAACACCAACCCUCCCAACCCACAAAAAAUGAGCAGGUGUACACACUGUGAGGUUGUCCCUUCUAGGAAGAGCCUGCGCUGCCAGCACCAUCCCAAUGAUAACACACACAUCCACUUUCUUUCGCCAUAGAUCUAGUGGUGACUGCCAAAACACCUUCAUUUUAUAUGCACAACAUCCAUUUUUGCAGACGUUUGUGUAUUAUCUGUUUUCGUGGGAGAAACGCAUUCAUAACUCAUAUUUUAUAAAUAACUAGUUAUUUGGUGUUCCAAAGGUAAUAUACGACCAUAAAUUUGGAUAUAGUUUACUCUGAAAGGCUUCAGAAUAGCAUGAUGUAAGUAUUUUCAGGUAAAGGUAUCACAGCAAGAAUGAUUAUUAUGACAAAUAGAAUGACUGAAUAAUAGCUGUUUGGCCUCUUAGAGCCAGCAGGUACUUCCUGCUUGGAACGCGAGAAGGGGAGGGGGGGGUCACCCAGUCCAGUGCUCUACAUACAGUCACCGCCUGUGUCGUACCGUCAUCUCGCUGAAAAGGGUGUCCCUGCAGGCCCCGAGACACAACAAUGCUCUCAGAUCCGCAUUCUCUGGCCCUAGGCUUUUUUUUUUUUAACACAGCGCCUCCUACAGGGUGGUGUUUUCUUUAUUUGCCUAGAGACCCCGGAAAUUGGGGCUUGCGGGAUAUGCCUUCCGCGACCAUAGCAGUGUUAUGGCAAAAACAGAAGAGCAGGAUAUUCAUUACCAAUCUCAGAGACACAUUCAACGCGGUACCUCGCAGACCAGCAAACAAAAACACAUCCCGUUUCAAAUCCUCGCGUGACUUCCUCUUCCCGGAAGUCAGAUCGGUGUGGGGGAGAAGGAACUGUCCGUGGUUCUGACGCCGGAUGAGGACCGUUCUCCUGUGAUUUGACACAAUGGCUGAACACCCAGAGCUGUGCACAGGUCCAGAGGUCUCCCAAUCCUCCUGCAGCAUUUCUGAAAGCACCCCUCAAUGCAACGGUCGUCCAGAGAAGCGCACUCUGCUGCGCGUGUCCGAGUCCCAUGGGCUGCAGCUCCUGGGUGUGCUUCGGUCCUUCAGGGAGCAGGGUCUUCUGUUUGACUUCACCAUCAAGGUCCAGGACCACAGCUUCCCGUGCCACCGCUGUGUUCUUGCAGCGUGCAGUGAUUUCUUUAGGGCCAUGUUUGAAGUGGACAUGCGGGAGCGAGGUGAUGGUUCAGUUACUUUGGGGAACCAGUGUUCUGCAGCAGUGAGUUGCUUCCUGGACUUUGCCUAUUCUGGAGAGGCUCUCAUCACUGAUGGAAACAUUGACAUGCUGUUUCAGAUUGCGUCUUUUCUGCAGGUUCCAGUACUGUCCAGAGCCUGUAGUGACUUCCUGAUAGGAACCCUGGAUCUGUGCAACUGUCUGUCCCUCUUGUCGCUGGCUGAGGUGUACGGUUCGGCCUCUCUCCUCCAUAGCGCCAAGGAAUUUGUGAUUCAAAACUUUUCAGAUCUAUCUGAAACCCAGAACUUCUUGGAUAUGCAGGUAGAUGACUUAGAGACCUGUCUGAAGUCGGAUGCUCUGAACAUUUCCAGUGAGGAGGCGGUGGUGGCGUCACUCCUGAAGUGGGUUCGCCACGAUCUGCAGGGCAGACAGAAGCUCCUGCCGCGUCUGUUGUCUCUAACGCGGCUGCAUCACCUCCCUGCGUCUGCACUGAAGAGUCUUCGGGAUUCAGAACCUCUGAUUUGCAACGACGAGGCCUGCCUUAAGCUGUUGAUGGAGGCCCAGAUCCGAGAGGCUCAGUAUAGCGGUCUGCUCACUGACGCCAGACCUGCCACCACUCAGAGUUACAUCUACAUCCACAAAACGGAGGACAAUGGAGAAGUUCGCCACACCUUUUGCUACUGCCUAGAAACAGACCGAUGGAAAGAGCUGAACAGAGAGGAUGGAGAGGAACGAGCUCUGCUUCCAGACCCACCAGGGUCUUUUCUCACAGGCUAUGCGGAGAAGAUGUUCGUCACUGGCGGUUGCCGAGGCAGCUGCUGCCGAGCAAUCCGCCUCCACGUGGCUGAACAGCAUCAUAACGCUACAGACGAGGUUUGGUGUUUCUGCCCCGCAACCCUAACCUGCACACCUGCGCCCUCCAUGUUAAAGCCCAGAACCAUGCACACAGCCGUCACCUGCCUGGAUCGAGUGUAUGUCAUCGGCGGACGGACAGGGGGAUCCAGGGGGGAGGCCCCCGCUCUACUGGAGGUGGAGUAUUAUAACCCUCUGACUCAGACCUGGAGCUCUGUCAGCUCCCUCCCCAGCGCCAUCUUCUAUCCAGAGGCCAGUACUUGUGGAAGUGUCAUCUACACUCUGGGGUCAGAAGUAGAGAUCACAGAUUCUUUUAACCCUUCCCUCAACUGCUUCUUCCGCUAUGAUGCGGAACGUGACCAGUGGAGCCGCCUGGUGGCAGAAUUUGGGCAGUUUUUCCACGCCACUCUGGUCAAGGCUGUGUCCAUUCAUGACACGCUGCACCUCUGUGACCUGUCCACCUAUAAGGUUUACAGCUUCUGCCCAGAAACCUGUGUGUGGAAGGGCCAGGGCUCAUUCGAAUGUGCUGGGUUCAAUGCUGGCGCUGUGGGUGUAGCAAACAGAAUCUACAUCCUAGGAGGAGACUAUUCACCUGACGAGAUCACAGACGAAGUUCAGGUGUAUCACAGUGGGAGAAGCCAAUGGGAGGAAGUGGCACCGAUGCCCCGAGCGCUCACCGAGUUCCACUGUCAGCUCAUCAGCUUCAACAGAUACAGAGACCCAUGGGGGGACGACCACUGACGAGGGAGUGUGGCGUCAUUCAUAGAAGACGGUUUACGUACGGCUCCAGCCGUAUGAUGUCAAUUCAGUCGCCGUUUUUUUCCCGCCAUGCUGUAGCCAGGCAUUGUGUCAACCAGCAGCAAGUCAAGCACUCUCACCAUUGAGGAGUGAGCUUGUUAGAAGGCCACAUCGCUAACAUUUAAAAGCAGGCAACACACAAUCUGUCAAUCGUUUUGAAUGUUGAACGUGGGGGCCAGCAGGUUCCGCCUACUUUUAUUGAGGCAUCUGAUGGGUCAGUUUAUAACCUGAACCACAUAGAAAGAUAUUAUUCAAAAAUUAAUAUUAUCAAGAACAUGUCAAAAACAGGUAUCAAAGCUAGAGUGGUUAUUCUGACAAAUAGAAUGAGUAUUAGCUGUUCAUUUUGCAAUAGAAGUCUAUGGGAUUUUGGCUUCUUGGAGUCAACGGGCACUUCCUGUUUCAAACACAUCAUUUAGUCCAGUUCUCAUACGUCAGUGGGGACAACCCAUGAUAGACAGGGGAUGAGAACACACAACUACGAUGAUGUGCUUGACGACAAAAAACAAACACCUUUAAAUUGACCCAUUUUCUUUUAUGCUCCAACCAUAAGCUUUCCUCUCAUGGUCAUCAAAGGAACAUUUAAUUAUAAAAGCUUAUUUAUUUUUCUAUGUUAUUUUGCACUAGAGUUUAUGACAGAAGUUUUUAGUAAGGCUUCUAAAGUAUUUUUGGAAUUGUAUUUUAUUCUGAAAGGAAAUCCCCAAAGAUGGUUUUCAGGAUCUGAACAUGCCAGCGAUAAGUCAGCCUCAUACUGUUACUUUGGGAAAAGAAACUGCUGGAGCUGCUGGAAAUAAAACCCAACACAAGAAGUAUUGUUGUCCAGGACUUCUGUACUUACAAAGCACAUUUAAAUUGCGUUUAUGACUCAAUUUUCUGUGCUAGUUUGUAACAAUGGAAAAAUGUGUAGAAGAAUCGGAGUGUUAUUUAUUUCUUUACAACCUGCUGUUGCUGCUGAGAACAAUAGUUGCACUCAAACAGGUUUUUGGUUGAUUUUAUUCCCUAAAGAGAGCUGCCAGCAACUCAAGAAGGGGAAACUUUGGCGCCUGCAGUAAAUUCAAAUACAUUUCCUGACAAGUGAAACUUGAAUCAGUGUUGGUCCUCAUGGGAAUAUUGCCUGAAGCAACACUUUUUUUUGAGGGAGAACUGCCUUUGUAAUUCCUCCGGCAGAAUACGAUCACAUGAAGAGCAGAUAGAAAUAAAAAAAUGAGCAUCAAAUCAUUUUUCCCCCUCCUGUACUUAGGUUAGAAGAUACUUAAUUGUAGGAUUCUAACCUGUAAAUUAAAAUACAUAUUCUUUGAAUUGUGUCUAAAGUUUUGGGGGUAAAUUCAUACAUUCAAGUUCUCCUCAAGUUUUUUUUUCUCUUUGGAGUCACAAGAUCUAUGCAGGACCAAUGCUGUCAAGUUCAGAAUAGAUCAGUAAAAUAUUAGUCAAUUACAUAAAUUAGUAAUUAAAAUCUGAAUUAAAUGAGUAAAUGUGUCAUAAAAUGGGGCAUUAAUUAAUUAAAAAUAUAAAUUAAUUUAAUGUCAGGGAUGCAUUUAGUUAUUUUAUGAUCUGGUGUUACAACAUUUUGUGAAUAAUUGUGUCUGUGAAACUCAAAAUGCCAUCAGAAAAAUGAAUGGACCAAAACAAAAUAUUUAAAAUCCUCUAAUGAAACCAAAACAUGUCAGGGAUUUCCUAAGUAAGCUUUAGGAUUAUUAUGGGAUGGUCACAGGAUUUACGGCAUGGUGGUCAUUUUCUGCAAAGUGUGAAAUUGACAAUUUUCACUUUUCCCCCACAAUGUGGAUUUAAAAAGAAAACUUUUGUUGGAGUAAUCCUCGCAUAAUUUCACACACCACAAGGUUAAGUCUACAACCAUGGCGGAAGGUUCUUUGACCUUUGACCUUGGGAAGAGGCUGCUAUCUUGAGUUUUAAAAAAUCAUCUUCAUUACCUUGUACAACUUCAAACAGGAAUUUUGAUCUGUUGCCUCAUAACUACUUGCGAGCUCACAAAAGUUGUUGUUGCUUCUCUUUUAUUUAUUUAUUUUUUAAUUUAAUAAAUUACUCGUUGGCUUAAGCUGAAAAAAUGGCAUACAUGAACGUUAACCAAAAACUUUACCAAAGAAAUCCAAAAAUGUAAUAUUUGCCGAUUUUUCUAAAAUUAUAUAGACUUGGGGACGACAAAAACAAAAAAAAGUGAUCGCUACAGAGAUAAAACUAACAGAAAGGGGGGCAGUGAGGGAAGGGGGGUGCCUUUGGUCCUCCAUCAAAAGCUGGAAAAUGUAAAGAAAUGA